CGGCAGACUAACUCCCUGCCCACCCUCGCGGAAUCUUGUCCCUCCCACCGACAUACCUCAUCGCGCUCGGCGAAGGCGCACCUGUGCGCGUUGAGGAUGCCAGACAAGGCACUCAGGGUCGUUACCUACGCCGCUGGUGCCUCCCUAGCAGCAAUCACGCUCAUUUACGUGUUCGGGCCGACGUACUUUCUCGACGGCGAUACCUCGAGGUCCGGUACCGGCGCAUUCUCGACGCGAAAGGCAGGCGUUGUUGGUCUUUCGAAUCCUGCCAACGAUUGUUUCAUCAACUCGGUUCUCCAGGCACUCGCUGGAUUAGGCGACCUCCGACUCUAUCUAAUACGCGAAGUUCACCGUCGAAGACUCGAUGACGAAACCGUCUACACGCAGUUGGUCCCGGCCGACGCGCUGGCUCAGCUGGAAGUCGAGACUGGAUUAAGGCGCUUUGGCAAGGAUAUACCGGGCUGGAAGUUGGAAGGGUUACAAAGAGGCGUCAUCACCAAGAGCCUCAAAGAUAUCCUCGACGCGUUAAACGAGCGCCCGAUUCACAAAAAGACGAUAUCCGCUGCACCUUUUGUAAGGGCUCUGGAGGAGGCUUUCCGGCAACGCAUCAGCCGGCAGCAGCAAGAUGCCCAUGAAUUUCUGCAGAUAGUGGCCGAGAGGCUCUGCGAUGAGUAUCAUGCAGGAUGUAGCGCACGAUGGCUCUCCAGGCGCACUGCGGCCCUGGAUGAAAAGAAACUCGCGGAGGCGCAACAGGCAACUCAGGUUCCUAGCGCGGAAUUGCCCCAGUCGCAUCGGCCUUUGGGCCAGACAAACACCGCUGCUCUCAACCAGGCAGCCGAGGCGUCGACAGGCGGCGCAGGGCAGAAUCGUGGCUAUGUGGAACAUCAAGGUAUGGAAGAGGAGGAAGGUUUCCCUUUAGAGGGCAAGUUUGAAUCACAAAUCGAAUGCCUAACUUGUGGUUUCAAACCACGACCUACACCCUCGACUUUCUGUACCCUUACUCUCCAUGUGCCUCGGGUUCCGUCAACAACCCUGAGCGCGUGCUUCGACGGCAUGUUCAAGACGGAGUACAUUGACGACUUCAGGUGCGAGAAAUGCCGGCUUCUACAUGCGCUGUCCAUCUUCGAGGUCGCCGCUCGGCGAGCUUCCUCGGAGGAGAAGAGACUGAAGGCUCAGUCAGCGGCGGAAAAGCUUCGGCUCGCCAUCGAGAAAGACCCCGAGACUCCCCCAGCGGGCGUGGAACUUCCCGAUUUGCACUCUGCGCCAAAGCGCAGGAUCGCUCGCCACAUCCGCAUCACUCACUUCCCCAAAAUACUGGCUAUUCAUCUGUCCAGGUCCAUCUUUGAUGCUAGCCGCUCGUCGCAGAAGAACUUGGCCAAGGUUGCAUUCCCAGAAAAGCUCACGCUGGGCGGCUUGCUCCAGCAACGAAGGUACAAGUUGCUUGGCGUCGUGACUCACAAGGGAAGUCACCACAGCGGUCACUACGAGUCCUUUCGACGUCAAAACAUCUACCCGCCGUUUUCCAAUCCAAGUACGUUCCAGGCUUCGGGGGUCUAUAGCAGGACCCCCAGCCCCGCCUCGACGCCUCGGGCCGACCUCCGGGGCCAACCUCCGCAGGACGUCGCUGCUCCCACCUCGGCGGGAAGGCAUUCCGACUCGGCUCCUCCUUGUCACCUAUCCGCGACCCCUGCGGCGGGCUCUCGCGACUCGCUGUGUGAUAGCACGCGCGGCGGAGAAAGUUCCGCAGACGCUCGGAGCGGUGCCACACCGGUUGCGGCGGCGCAAGCCAGCAAUUCGGACAGCGGUAGCCGGGAUCCGACCGAAACAACGCCGCAGUUGAGCAUCCCAGGGGCUGGCUCUCCACCGCCACGCUCCGGGACACCGGGUGCUCAAUCCGUCAAGGAGCAUCGACUAUCGACUCACUCCGCGCCAGCGGCAAGGACGAAGCAGCGGAAGCAACAGAGUCGUUGGUGGCGAAUUAGUGACGACAAGAUCAAAGAAGCCAAUACCCGUGACGUCCUAGGGAUGCAGCGGGAGGUGUACCUAAUGUUCUACGAACUCGAACGACCCUAUCUGUAGUUAGAUGUCGCAUGCUAGACGGAUGGAUAGAGUCACAUAUAUCAAGAAUUGUCGCGGGGUUGCUGUACGAUAUCCGUGCUAUAUAGGCGUGUAAUAAGAAGAGAAAACGAGCAUGCUAUUCCACUUGUAUGGACAGAGUUAUCCGCCGAGUGAAAUCGCUACGACGCGGAGAUUGUUCCUCACGCCCAAGCCCACCAGAGAGGCGAAAGGAGAGGGGAAUAUCAUGUAAAGCACAGUUGUUGUUCG